CGACAGUACGGUCUCAGGGGCGUCAGGCCGUCUGAUGGCAAAGGGGACUUGGACCUACAAGUAAACUGAUGUCCGUCAGCAAGCAGGUACAUGGUGAUAUCUGUCCAGUCAUCUACGGUGAUGACGUUGUAUUGUUUCUCAUGCUCAAAUACCGUCGAACUUGACCAUGGCCCGCAUCUCCAAACGAAUGCGAGUGUUCAGCUAUGCCCGUCAAAUUUUCAAUUAUGGCCAUGGUACGUACGCCUUUGGAGAAAGAACCGUAAAGUGCUGCCCUCGCUAUUUAUGAUCAAAAGUACCAAACAGAUAAGCAAUAUUCUUGACACUUCACAGGUUCGUCUAAGAAAUGAGUGUGUCUAUCUCCUCCAUGGACCCACUUAUAUAGGAGUUGAUAUUUUCACUGCGUGUAAAUCCACGAUUGGGCAGCAUGAAAGCAAUAUACUAACUACUUGGUAGGAGUUUGAGUUCCUAUUUACUCUAGGAUCUAACAAGCUAGAACCUAGAAUGGAUAACGACGGGAGACGAGCUAGAGCCAGUUGAGUCGUUGCUCCAAUUGAAAGUUAAUCAGCGCCGCCGGAUUGUCUCUCCUGGAUCUUUUUCGGUCAAAGGAUCUGCUAGCGAAGACGACGCUUAAGAGUAUAGAUUAGAAGCCACGAAAGGACAGAUAGUAU